AGAAUUUUCAGAUUAUUAAAAGAAAAAUAAGUUACAAUUUUGGGAAGUAUUGGAAAGGAAAACAGAAAGAGGAGAAUAAUGGGUGUCAGUCUGGUUAUCAGUCAAGCUGGGAAGAGACAGCUUGUUCUGUCGAACACCAAGAAUGUCAGUAGUGAGCCAACCAUUUAUGCAGGAAGGCAACCCUAAACUGAAAGGUUUUCCAAGGGGGAGUGUGCUGAUUAGGUAAGGAGAUGUCAUGGUCUUCUUCCGUCGAUGCAGGAAGAUAGCAGAUAUGAUCGCCUGAAAAAGCAGAACUACUCAGUGCAAGCAUGGCUUUCGCCCAGUCGCACAUUAUGGCAGCUAGAAGGCAUCAGCACAGUAGACUCAUAAUUGAAGUGGAUGAGUACAGCUCAAACCCCACACAGGCUUUCACGUUCUACAACAUUAACCAGGGACGUUUUCAGCCCCCACAUGUGCAAAUGGUUGAUCCUGUGCCCCAUGACGCUCCCAAACCUCCAGGAUAUACUCGAUUUGUCUGUAUUUCUGACACUCACUCAAGAACUGAUCCCAUCCAAAUGCCAUAUGGAGAUGUGUUAAUACAUGCUGGUGAUUUUACUGAGCUGGGACUUCCUAGUGAAGUUAAAAAAUUCAACGAGUGGCUAGGUAGCCUGCCCUAUGAAUACAAGAUUGUGAUAGCAGGAAAUCAUGAAUUGACCUUUGACCAGGAAUUCAUGGCUGACUUAAUCAAGCAGGACUUUUACUAUUUCCCCUCUGUUUCUAAGCUGAAGCCAGAGAGCUAUGAAAAUGUACAGUCUCUUCUAACAAACUGCAUCUAUCUUCAAGACUCUGAAGUGACGGUGAGGGGUUUCAGAAUAUAUGGCUCCCCUUGGCAACCUUGGUUUUAUGGCUGGGGCUUUAAUCUUCCACGAGGCCAAGCGCUAUUAGAGAAAUGGAACCUUAUUCCAGAUGGAAUAGAUAUUCUUAUAACACAUGGACCACCUCUCGGUUUUCUAGACUGGGUUCCUAAGAAAAUGCAACGGGUAGGAUGUGUUGAGCUGCUGAACACAGUCCAGAGACGAAUACAGCCAAGGCUUCAUGUUUUUGGACAUAUCCAUGAAGGCUAUGGCGUAAUGGCUGACGGAACUACUACCUACGUGAAUGCAUCUGUGUGCACUGUGAAUUACCAGCCUCUUAACCCACCUAUAGUUAUUGAUUUACCUACGCCAAGGAACACAUGAUUAUUAUAAGGGUUUAAUGUCAUGCUCCACCCAUUAGCAACUUUAUAUUGCUGGCUGAGGAUCCCAGUAGGGAGCUAUUCAACAAAAAAGCAAAACUUUCUUCUUUUUUCCCUGUUAGUUCUUCAGAGAUAAAUUUGAGUGACAAAAACAGAUGAGGAACAAAGACAUUUUGGUGCCAUUAGCUGCCAGAAGCAGAUUAAGACUUUAACAUUUCACCAUUAAAAUAUUUGUGAACACAGAAAAGUGAAUGCAUUCCACAUAUAUAUAUACACAUAUAUAUAUAUCAAGUAGGGACUUUUGUAUAUACCAUACAUUAUAUUGGACUUAUUAAAAGAACGAUGUCUUUCAAAGGAGUGUUUCUUUAAGAAAGUUUGCAGUUUAAACAUAAGUGUUUAGACUAGGAUUUCCUCAUUUCAGAUGUUUCCCAGUGAGCUCCUGGUAAAAGAAAAGUGGUGGUGAAGAUGUUUUCCCUUAAUUAACAUGGCAAAUGUAAAAGAUGGAACACAAAUGACCAGUCACAGGAGGAAAGCUAUUAUUCCAGGUCCUCCAGGUCUAAGUCUUUGCAUCUCUUCAAAACCAAUGCAAUAGAGGUCCUAAUUCACUCUACUGAAAUGAAGUUUUACUACAUCUGGCAUUACAGAUGGUAAGGGAAAUGGUACAUAUUGCCGGCAUGCUGUAAACAGCUCAACAUUCAAGAAGGGAGACUCUGUUAAGUGCAGGAUAAACUCAGGAAUUUGUAACCUGGCCUCGCCUGUGAAAAAGGAUGACAUUUCCCUUAAAAAAAAAAAAAAAGAAAAAAAAAAAGCAUAAUUGUGUUUUCAUAUGGUAAGGCGAUAUGUGAUUGUAUGUAAAAAACGAAAAAAAGAAACAACAGAAAAUGCCCAGUGAUUUUCAGUA